GCACGUUUCCACCGCCCUCCGAGGGGCAGGCCCCGGCUGCGAGCCUGCCAGGAGGCACAUCCCUUUCUCGGCUUCGCUUCCCGCUUCCUCCUAGCGAGGCAGGGCAGAGCUGCCCUCUUGUCCCCGCCGCUUCCACUCCUGCGCACUGGGCGAGUCCCCCCGGGCAGGCCGGGGCCGGGCAAGGGGCGGGGGAGCAGCGGGCGGCCAAUUGCGGCCCCCCGGGUAGCGGCUGUGGCGGGGCCGCCCGCGCUGGUAGGGGAGGAUGGAGGCAGAGGGCCGGGAAUCGGCGCCGUCGCUGCCCCAGCCUGCCCCUGGCGACGAGGGAGGGGCCGAGGCCGAUGCCACCGCGGGUGCCCCUUGCGGGGUCCGGGGGCCGCUGCUCGCCGCCGCCGAGGUGCUUGCGUUGGACGAUGAGGAGGACGACGACCUGGAGGUGUUCAGCAAGGACGCAUCACUGGCUGAAGUAAACUCCUUCAGUCCUUCAAUGCCCAUAUCCCUCUCAUCCAUGAUAAACCAGUAUAAAUUUGAAGAUGAACCAGAACAGAGAGAUCUCUUCAUUACAGUGGAUGAUCCUGAAAGCCACAUCACAGCCCUUGAAACAUUUAUUACAUACAGAGUACUCACAAAGACGUCUCGUGGGGAAUUUGACUCCAGUGAGUAUGAAGUUCGCAGGCGGUAUCAGGACUUCCUCUGGUUGAAGAGCAGACUUGAAGAAGCACAUCCAACACUGAUUAUUCCUCCAUUGCCUGAGAAAUUCAUCAUGAAAGGCAUGGUGGAGCGAUUCAGUGAGGAAUUCAUUGAGACUCGAAGGAAAGCGCUGCAUAAAUUCUUGAACCGCAUCGCUGAUCACCCAACCUUAACUUUUAAUGAAGACUUCAAAAUUUUUCUGACUGUACAGGCCUGGGAACUCUCCUCACACAAGAAACAGGGCCCUGGGUUGCUGAGCAGGAUGGGGCAGACAGUCAGAGCUGUGGCGUCAUCAGUAAGAGGAGGAGGAGCGAAAAAUCGUCCUGAAGUGUUUACAGAAAUGAACAAUUACAUGGAGACAUUUAGCCAGAAAAUAAGUGUGCUGGACAAGAUAGCUCAUAGAAUUUACAAGGAAGAAAGAGAGUAUUUUAAUGAAAUGAAGGAGUAUGGCCCCAUCCACACCCUCUGGUCAGCGUCGGAAGACGACGUAGCAGACUGCCUGAAAGGUGUUGCCAGCUGCAUCGACAAGUGCUGCAAGGCGACGGAGAAGCGGAUGGCAGGGCUCUCAGAAAACCUCCUGCCCAUUUUACACGAGUACAUUCUCUACAGUGAAAUUCUGAUGGGUGUACUGAAAAGGAGAGACCAAAUCCAAGGCGAGCUUGACUCCAGAGUUGAUGCUUUAACCAAUAAAAAGACAGAAAAGGAUCUGUUCUCAGAAGAGAUUGGGAGACUUGAAGACAAAGUUGAAUAUGCCAACAAUGUUCUGAAAGCUGACUGGGACAGGUGGAAGCAAAACAUGCAGCGUGAUAUGAGAGCGACAUUCACUAAUGUGGCUGAGAACAAUCUCCGUUACUAUGAAGAGUGCCUUGCUACAUGGGAGUCGUUCCUAGCAUCUCAAGCAGUGCAUCUUCAUGUGGAAGAAGACUCUGAAGAUAAGCCUUGAGUAAUCUCUCUGCUUGAUCUCUUCUGCCUUUUCCAUGCAGUUCCUCCCAACCAAAGAAAUGCUUUGUAUGAGAUCAGAUACACUCUUAAAUUUAACUGCUAUAAAUCAGUGAAAUGCAGGAAAUCAGCUUACUGAAAACUCAGGUAUUCCAGUCCUGAAGUCCAUUUUGGAACCUGCUCUCUCUUGCUUUCUAUUGCUUAGCUGUGAUUUUGCAUAUUUUUAUGCAGGUGUUUACAUACAGUUGUUUUUCAUAAAUAUUGCCUAAUUUGGAUAUAAAAGUAUUUUAAAUAUGUAAAGAUAGCUCCAUUUUAAUAAAAAGUUUA